CCAUAAGCUAUUCAAUCUCCACUCUGAUCAGCUACGGAGGAGCAGCUCGACGACCGUAUCCAUCCCCAAAAUAUUCGAAACUACCAUUGAAACCACACCACUGUCGUUGCCUGGCGACGUGUCCACUAUUGACCGGCUAACGUCCACUUCAUAUACACCAUGGUCAACAACACUGAAUACUACAAGGUCUUAGGGAUCUCCAAAGACGCCUCAGAAGCCGACAUCAAGAAGGCUUAUCGGAAAGCUGCUCUGGCCAGUCACCCCGACAAAGCGGCUGAAGGUCAACGAGAUGCUGCAGAAGCCAAAUUCAAGAAGAUUGGCGAGGCAUACGAAAUCCUUAGUGACUCGAACAAACGCGAAAUCUAUGAUCAACUCGGAGAGGAAGGUUUGAAAGGAGGUCGAGGUGGAGGAAUGGGCGGAAUGGGUGGCAUGCCCGGUAUGGGAGGCAUGGGCGGAAUGGGCGGAAUGGGCGGAAUGCCCGGUGGAUUCGAUGAUGGAUCUUCUUCUGGUCUUCCACCGCCAGGGGAGAUCGUCAAACCGCUCGCAUUGUCACUGGAGGAGCUUUACCGAGGCGGCACGAAGAGGUUAAAGAUCACGAGGAACUUGAGGACAGGUGGACAGGAGGAGAAGAUCUUAGAGGUGGCUUAUAAGGCUGGGUGGAAAGCGGGUACAAAGAUAAAGUUUGCAGGAUCAGGGAACGAGGAUGAGUAUGGACAGGCUCAGACAGUAGCAUUUGUCGUCGAGGAAAAGAAACACAAUCGAUUUGAACGACAAGGAGACGACCUCAUCAUUUCCCUCAACAUUUCACUAUCUCAAGCUCUCCUAGGACCCGAUGGAGGUGGAACGAUUUCCAAAGAGAUUGAACAAUUAGACGGACGUCGCCUGAAAGUUUCCCCGCCAGAAGGUAUUGUCCAGCCUGGAUCAGAGACGAGGAUUCAAGGAGAAGGCAUGCCAGUCUCUAAAGCCAAUUCCACAAAGAGAAAGGGAGACAUGAUCGUCAGGUGGAACGUUGUAUUCCCAUCGCGUCUGACUCCGAGUCAAAAGUCAGAAUUAAGAAAGGUCUUACCUUGAGCGGGUGCGGCACAGGCAAUGCACCAAUGUACAUCAUGUUCCAAUGGAAUGCACGUCCUGUUCGAAAUUUUCCGUGUGAGACCUGCACAAGGGUAUCAUAACAUGCAUGGUAUAGUAAUGUACUACAAGAUGAAUGACGAUCUUUUCCAAGAGAUCGUUGUGGGUAGGUCGUAACCGAGACAGAUGGCGCAAACGAACAACCCAAGAUUGAUAGCGUAGUCUGUCGGAGCGAAUUAUGCCAAGUUGAUAUCGUUAAGAGCGCAACAGACCGCAGCUCUGAGUGAAUUCGAUCAGCAAGGUAAGGGGCUCACACACUCAC